UAAAUGAUCCCGCCAGUUUAAACCCAGCAAAAAAGUAGCUUUUCUUGGUUAAUCCAAAAGUGGAACUGGAAAAGGAGAGUUGGGGACACACAGGAUUAAAGAUUAGCUGGGACAGAUGGCUGGGGAAUUGACCUUUGACCAAACAUAAAUAAGGCCAGCUCAGCUUUCCCCAUGUGUGUGAAGAGAUACCCGGCCCUCAAAGAGGGGAAAGCAAAGGGAGAAGCAAGUGGCAUUCGGAGGGCAGGAGAUGUAAAUGAGGGAAGCUGCAGGAGAGCAGGAAGGAAAGAAAAGGAGGAGCCAAGAGCAGUCGCCUUGGACACAGAAGCAUCUGUGCACUGUUAACAGCGCUCUCGCUCGGAGGCCCCUGCGAUGGAUAUAAUAUUUGGCAGAAAUAAGAAGGAGCAACGGGAGCCUGUGAGGGCCACAGUGACAGGCAAGAUUCCGUCAUGGCUGCAGGGAAUCCUGCUCCGCAACGGGCCUGGGAUGCACACAGUGGGCGAGACCAGAUACAACCACUGGUUCGAUGGCCUGGCCCUGCUCCACAGCUUCACAAUCAGAGAUGGUGAAGUCUAUUACAGGAGCAAAUACCUGAGAAGCGAUACUUACAACUCUAACAUUGAAGCCAACAGAAUUGUGGUGUCAGAAUUUGGGACAAUGGCCUAUCCGGACCCCUGCAAAAACAUAUUUUCCAAGGCUUUCUCCUACCUGUCCCAUACCAUCCCUGACUUCACAGACAACUGCCUGAUCAACAUCAUGAGGUGCGGAGAAGACUUCUUUGCGACCACAGAGACCAACUACAUCAGGAAAAUCAACCCACAGACCCUGGAAACCCUGGAGAAGGUUGAUUAUCGUAAAUACGUGGCUGUAAAUCUGGCAACAUCGCAUCCUCAUUAUGAUGCAGCUGGAAAUGUUCUCAACAUAGGCACCUCCAUCGUGGACAAGGGGAAGACGAAGUAUGUGAUCUUUAAGAUCCCUGCCAUGGUACCAGGGGCUGGGAAGAAGGGCCAGAGGCCCCUGAAGUACACGGAGGUGUUCUGCUCCAUCACCGCCCGCUCCCUCCUCUCUCCGAGCUAUUACCACAGCUUCGGAAUCACAGAGAACUACAUCAUCUUCCUCGAGCAGCCUUUCAGGAUGGAUAUCCUCAAGAUGGCAACUGCCUACAUCCGGGGAGUAAGCUGGGCUUCCUGCCUAGCUUUCCACGGGGAGGACAAGACUUACAUUCACAUCAUUGACCAAAGGACCAGGAAGCCCGUGCUGACCAAGUUUUACACGGACCCCAUGGUGAUCUUUCAUCACGUCAAUGCCUACGAAGAGGACGGCUGCCUUCUGUUUGACGUCAUCGCCUACGGGGACAGCAGCCUUUACCAACUCUUCUACUUGGCCAACCUGAACCAGAACUUCGAGAAUAACUCCAGGCUCACCUCCGUCCCCACCCUCAAGAGGUUUGCGGUGCCCCUCCACGUGGACAAGAACGCAGAAGUGGGCUCGAAUUUAAUCAAACUGCCGUCAACAACAGCAAGAGCCCUGAAGGAAAAAGAUGACCAAGUCUACUGCCAGCCGGAGUUGCUUCUCGAAGGCUUAGAGCUGCCUCGGAUCAAUUAUGCUCACAACGGGAAGCGGUACCGCUACGUCUUUGCUGCUGAAGUCCAGUGGAGCCCCAUCCCAACCAAGAUAAUAAAAUACGACGUCCUCACAAAGUCAUCCUUGAAAUGGGGAGAAGAGCACUGCUGGCCGGCGGAGCCCCUGUUUGUGCCCACGCCGGGCGCCCGGGACGAGGAUGAUGGAAUUAUCUUAUCAGCCAUUGUCUCCACCGAUCCCCAGAAGCUGCCCUUUCUGCUUGUUCUGGAUGCCAGAACUUUUACAGAGUUGGCUCGUGCAUCUGUUGAUGUCGAGAUGCACCUGGAUCUCCAUGGGCUAUUCAUCUCGGAUGCAGACUGGGGCACAGGGAAGCAUCCUUCCUGGGAAGAGCAGGAUGGGGCUUCAGACGGCCAUGUGGCCCCACAGACCUGACCAGGUGGAGGCUUGGGACCUGGAGAACAGCGUCACAGGACUCAAGGCUAGUCCCUUCCUGGGGCUGGGGGUGGUGGUGGGGUGGCCCUUCAUUUCAUGUUGCACUUACUCUUUCUGUGGUUGCUUUGAGACAAAGUUACAGAAAUAGAAGUUGUCACUAUCUUUUCUUUCAUUUUAUUUUGGCCAUAAAAACCUUGUUUGAAAGUCUAUCAGAUAUUUAUUGAUUAGCUCUAGCACGUCUAAGAAAUCCCCUUUCCUUUGGUAUAAAGACCAUGAUCAUGAAUCAGAAGUUGCAUUAAGUCACAUAACCAUGCUCUCAUGGGCAGCGUGGACAAGCAGGGUCCCACUGAUAAACUGGAAAAGAGACAGAUAAAUAUUUAUUAUUGCUCCUUCCUCCUUGCCUUCCUCUCCCUCCUUCUGUCCCUUCUUUCCAGUGGACUAGAUUAUGAUUUCUUGUUUUCCCAACCAUGCCCUGUUAGUAAACUACAUGGCCCAGAAGGCAUGUGGCUUUGUGGUCAUUCCAUGCAAGGCAUGGUAUAAUAUAAAAUAAUAAAAACUUUAAAGUCUGUUCAGACUUCGUUAUAAUUUUACAUGGCUUCUUUCCUCUGAAGAUCUUCUAAGGCACUAAAACAGAGUGGCAGAGCUAGACAGUUCACAGACAGCCAGAUGCCUCAUUGCACAACCACCAGGACAACAGACUGGGGUGGGAAUCCUCCUUUAUGGUGGGGGGGGAGCUGGACACUGACUGGCCUGGUGGUGGCCAAGGGGCUGGAAUCCAGGAUUGGUCCUGAUGCCUGAUGCUGAGAACCAGGGUGGUGAGGCAUGCCAGUCUGUACAGGAAAGGAGGUUCUCUUAAGUUGAACGUGCUCCCAGGACAGACAGGCGUCAAGGGCAGAGGUGAAGGAGCUUGGUGGUGGAGAUGGAGAAAGCAGGGAAGACAGACAAGCCGGGUCCCAUGAGAGUGCUGGGAGCCCCAUGGACAUCUGAGUCUCACCUCAUUGGUUGAGGAGGUGACUGGUGCAUGGUUUAGAGAGUCAAAGCCAGGCUGGGUAAUUCCCAGAUCCCACAUCAUGGGGUCAGGGGGCUGGGAUCACACCCUAACUCUGCACCUGCCUCCUCCCUUGAGCCUGGAUUUUGUUCAGUCACCAAGGGAGAUUCAGGGACAUAUCUGGAAGACAGAAAGGAAUCUCUGGUAACGGUGCAUGGAAUACCCCAGAGGGGGUCGUCCUGAGGGACCAUGAAGCCAUACUUAGCUUCUAUUCAAAUGGAGCCUCCAUCAGGUCAGGGAAUUUUUUUUAAUUGACAUUUUUAUUGUAAGAAUUGUAGCUUCAUGUGCAGUUCUAAGAAAUAAUCCUGAGAGAUACCAUUGCCAAAAUUUUGUCAUUUCAAAUAUGGUAUAUAAGUGGAUUCACAUGGUAUUAACCUUUGGGGAUUGGCUUUUUUUACACAGCAGAAUUCCUUGGAGAUGCAUCCAGGAUGUUUGUUUUCAUCCAAGUUGUCCUGUGUUGGGUAUGUUUUAUUCACUGUUUUAUCCUCUGCACUAGAACACUACUGGCGGAUGCAGGCUUUCAAAUAUUUGUUGAAUGAAUGAAUUUGGCCAACACAGAAAUUCAGUUCCACAAUAUACCAACAAGAAAUGGAUUUUUUUUUUAAAAAGAAGAAAAAGAAAUGGAUAUUUUACUGAAGAUCCCCUGGGAUGACAGUUCACCUGGAAACCAAUGAAAACACCCAAAAUUCCCCAUGAAGUUUCUUUCCUCUCCCUGCCAUCCCUGAUAUCUCCUCUCUUUCUUCCCCUGUUGGUCCCUCAAAACCUCCUCUACCGUCCCAGCACCUCCAUGUCAUCCUUAGCUCAUAGAUGUCAUUAAACAAAAGCCUGAACCCUGGGGAUGACAGAAUGAAGACUGUCGGCUCUCCUCCUCUGGGGACCCCAGCACCUCCAGCCUUGAUCAGACGGGUUGGGAGGCAGCGUCAACCAUGGUGGCCUGAGAAAAGUGUGACCGAGGCCUGCAUGUGGGUGGCAGAAGUGGAAAAGAGUUGACCAACAGGACAGUCACCACCUAUUCGUUAUUCUACUUUAAAUAUUUGAGAAGAGGGUGGAACUUAAAAAAAAAAAAAA